GCAAGCGAAAACACUGACCUUUUCGUUUUCGACAGAGAGUAUAUUUUCGAUUUGACGUUCUUAUCUAGCGACUUUUGCAUUUUACGGUGAUUCCUAUUGCAUUGCGGAUAGUGCGUAAAUAAAAACAUAAUCGCAAUAUGUAAGUUUGGUCUCUAUAGAAAUAAUGAAAUCCAAUCGAUUCAGGAAUAAUGAUUGGCCAAGUUACUGUUAAGCUUCGUGUCCAUCAAGUGUAACUGAUUCUAAAAUUAGAUGGAGUCUCGGCGCAUUUAGGAUUAAACAAUGCCGAAGGUGCCGUACAAGUCGUCGGAGCAACCUCGGGAUGACGAGGAUUACGAGAUAGUGUCGUUUGAGGACUUUUGCGACAAGUCCCCGGGAUCGAAAACAGAUUUAUUGACUUUGAACGACAACAUCAACUAUCGUAUUUGUUAUGAGGGUGAGAAGCCCGUGAAAUUUGUGGAUGACGAUGGUGGGACGUCCAGCAGAGACUUGGAGCAGCUGGAAACCUCCCUGAACGGAUCUAAGGCCAGCUUCAAGGAGCGGUUGUCAAAUUUUGCGCCUUUCGGGAAAGCGUCGAAGACCACGAGAGGUUCUCCGUUCAGUGGAGUUAUACCAAAGGCUCGGGCUGAAAGCGACUCUCCUAGGGAGCAUAGAUACCAACGCUUUUCGUCUCGACGCAACAUCUGUCAGCGCGUCUGCGACGGCCUGCCUUGCUACGGCUCCGGGCUUAUAUUGGUGAUAAUUGUGUGCGCGCUGUGCGCCGGCGCAUGGUGGGCCGUGUGCGGCGCAGUGGGCGGCGCGUGGGGCGAGGAACACUACAGACGAUUAUGGGAGCGAGCGCAUCCGGACAACGUGAAGAAACCACCCACUCCAAUAACAUAUGAAAAGAUACUGCCGGAAUUUCGUUACCACGACCACAACAACCUUAGCACGAAAAACAAGCUGAACGCGACCGAACUAUCUAAAAAGAAGCCCGACCUCUACAAGAAGGCGUAUACUGAGCGCCCGCCCGAGGUUAUGAGCGACAUCUGCGCGCAGAUCGAGGAUAAUAUGAGGUUCGAUUGUUUUCCGCAAGAUGGCGCUAAUGAGAAGGACUGUGUCCAAAGAGGUUGCUGCUGGCUCCCCGCGAAAACCCAAGGCGCUCCAUACUGCUACUACCCCCCGCAGUACGACACAUACCGUUUCGCGAACAUGACCGAAACUAAGCACGGCGCGACAGCGUACUACCAGCGCAUGAGGCCGUCCGGCUACCCCGCUGAUUUUGAAAUAGCCAGGAUGGACUUUAAGUACCUGUCUGACGAUGUUCUACAAAUCAAGAUAUAUGACGCUGAAAACAAGCGCUUUGAGCCUCCAUACCCCGAGAUACCGAUGGUUCCAGGGCCUAUCUCCAACCUCAAGUACCGCGUGCAGAUUGAGAGCGCUACGGUUGGCUUUAAGGUCAUAAGGAAUUCUGAUAACGUCACUCUUAUAAACACUCAAGACGUCGGUGGCCUCAUCCUAUCCGACAAAUUCCUGCAAUUGUCAGCCAUUUUACCCUCUUCUCAAAUAUACGGCCUCGGCGAGCGGCAGUCCCGGUUCAAACUCGACAUCAACUGGAAGACUUACGCUAUGUUUAACUACGACACCGCUCCUACUGAAAACACUAACUUGUACGGGACGCACCCGUUCUACUUGAAUCUGGAGCCCAGCGGGAAUAGUCACGGCAUGCUUCUGCUCAAUUCUUACGCCAUGGACGUGAUCCUCCAGCCAGCGCCGGCCAUAACGUACCGCACCACCGGCGGCGUGCUGAAUCUGUUUGUGUUCGCGGGGCCCGCGCCCGCGGCGGUCGCGGCGCAGUACACGGCGCUGGUGGGCCGCCCCGCCAUGCCGCCAUACUGGGCGCUCGGCUUCCACCUCUGCAAAUACGACUACGGCAGUUUGAAUGUGACUAGGGACGUGUGGCAGAAGAAUAGAGAUGCCGGCAUUCCAUUCGACGUCCAGUGGAACGAUCUGGAUUACAUGAACAACUCGAACGAUUUCACGUACGACAAGGUCAAAUACGCCGGCCUACCAGAAUUCGUCGACGAAUUGCAUAAGGACGGGAUGCACUACGUAGUGCUUAUAGAUCCCGGCGUGAGCGCCGGCGAGGCGCCCGGCGACUACCCUCCUUUCGACCGCGGCGUGGAACUGGACAUCUUCAUCAAGAAUGCUACCAAACAACCUUUCAUUGGCAAGACAUGGAACAAGAUCUCGACGGCGUAUCCGGACUUCACGCACCCUAGCGCCACCGCUUAUUGGGUCGAGAUGAUGACCAGCUUACACAAGGAGGUACCUUUCGACGGAGCCUGGAUCGACAUGAAUGAGCCCUCCAACAUGCUAUCCGGCCCCCUCCAUGGCUCCUGUGCCCCAGAGGACCUUCCAUACAAGCCCCAUACAUCCGGCGCGGACGGUCUACGAAGCAAAACCAUUUGUAUGGAAGCCCAACACUACGCCGGCUCCCAUAGAGAUUGGCACAACUUGUACUCGCUCACUGAAGCCGUCGCCACGGACUUCGCGUUAACGGAGAUCCGCGGCAAGCGUCCCUUCAUCAUCUCCCGGUCCACGUUCGUGGGUUCCGGACGCUAUGCGGGCCACUGGAGCGGCGACGUAUUCAGCGAGUGGCACGACAUGGCCAUGUCCAUACCCGAAAUCUUAAGCUUUAGCCUAUUUGGUAUACCAAUGAUGGGCGCCGAUAUCUGCGGUUUCAACGGCGACACCACGGUGGAACUGUGCAAGCGAUGGAUGCAGCUAGGGGCCUUCUAUCCCUUCUCACGGAACCACAACUCUGAUCGAUCUAUCCCUCAGGAUCCAGUCAGCCUGGGCCCAGAGGUGGUGGAAGCCAGCAAGCAGGCGUUACGAACUCGCUACCGACUGUUACCGUACUAUUACACGUUGUUCUGGCGCGCUCACGUCGCCGGGGAAACCGUCGCACGACCGCUGUUCUUUGAAACUCCCGAUAACCCGGUGACCCAUGACAUCGACGCCCAAUUCCUCAUAGGGCCGUACCUCAUGAUAUCACCCAUACUGGAACAGGGUGCCAGGACUACCCGCGCCUACUUCCCCGGCGCCUGGUACAAUCUGCAGGAUGGCACAAUGCUGGCACACGACCAGUGGAACAAGCUAGAUGAGAACCAGACGGUCGCUGUCCGGGGCGGUGGGGUCAUUCCGCUCCAAGAGCCUCCCGCGGGCGCGGUGAGCACGGCGCGCGCGCGCUCGGCGCCGCUGCAGCUGCUCGCCGCGCCGGCCGCCCGGAGAGCUGCGGGCCAGCUGUACUGGGACCACGGAGACACCCUGAGAGCCUCCCGCGGGCGCGGUGAGCACGGCGCGCGCGCGCUCGGCGCCGCUGCAGCUGCUCGCCGCGCCGGCCGCCCGGAGAGCUGCGGGCCAGCUGAGCCUCCCGCGGGCGCGGUGAGCACGGCGCGCGCGCGCUCGGCGCCGCUGCAGCUGCUCGCCGCGCCGGCCGCCCGGAGAGCUGCGGGCCAGCUGUACUGGGACCACGGAGACACCCUGAGAGCCUCCCGCGGGCGCGGUGAGCACGGCGCGCGCGCGCUCGGCGCCGCUGCAGCUGCUCGCCGCGCCGGCCGCCCGGAGAGCUGCGGGCCAGCUGAGCCUCCCGCGGGCGCGGUGAGCACGGCGCGCGCGCGCUCGGCGCCGCUGCAGCUGCUCGCCGCGCCGGCCGCCCGGAGAGCUGCGGGCCAGCUGUACUGGGACCACGGAGACACCCUGAGAGCCUCCCGCGGGCGCGGUGAGCACGGCGCGCGCGCGCUCGGCGCCGCUGCAGCUGCUCGCCGCGCCGGCCGCCCGGAGAGCUGCGGGCCAGCUGAGCCUCCCGCGGGCGCGGUGAGCACGGCGCGCGCGCGCUCGGCGCCGCUGCAGCUGCUCGCCGCGCCGGCCGCCCGGAGAGCUGCGGGCCAGCUGUACUGGGACCACGGAGACACCCUGAGAGCCUCCCGCGGGCGCGGUGAGCACGGCGCGCGCGCGCUCGGCGCCGCUGCAGCUGCUCGCCGCGCCGGCCGCCCGGAGAGCUGCGGGCCAGCUGAGCCUCCCGCGGGCGCGGUGAGCACGGCGCGCGCGCGCUCGGCGCCGCUGCAGCUGCUCGCCGCGCCGGCCGCCCGGAGAGCUGCGGGCCAGCUGUACUGGGACCACGGAGACACCCUGAGAGCCUCCCGCGGGCGCGGUGAGCACGGCGCGCGCGCGCUCGGCGCCGCUGCAGCUGCUCGCCGCGCCGGCCGCCCGGAGAGCUGCGGGCCAGCUGAGCCUCCCGCGGGCGCGGUGAGCACGGCGCGCGCGCGCUCGGCGCCGCUGCAGCUGCUCGCCGCGCCGGCCGCCCGGAGAGCUGCGGGCCAGCUGUACUGGGACCACGGAGACACCCUGAGAGCCUCCCGCGGGCGCGGUGAGCACGGCGCGCGCGCGCUCGGCGCCGCUGCAGCUGCUCGCCGCGCCGGCCGCCCGGAGAGCUGCGGGCCAGCUGAGCCUCCCGCGGGCGCGGUGAGCACGGCGCGCGCGCGCUCGGCGCCGCUGCAGCUGCUCGCCGCGCCGGCCGCCCGGAGAGCUGCGGGCCAGCUGUACUGGGACCACGGAGACACCCUGAGUGAGUAA